AUGUUUGAUUUGGAGAAAGAAUGGAGCAUCUCCUUCGCCGGAUGCGGUUUUAUGGGGAUUUAUUAUGUAGGUGCCACCAGCUGUAUUCUUGAACGGUUCCCCCGCUUCAUACAAGACGCCUCAAAAAUCUAUGGAGCGUCAGCAGGUGCUUUGAUGGCCACUGUUCUGUCUGUGGGAAUCCCCCUUGAGAAAUGCUGUGCUGAUUUGAUGUUCAUGGCCAAAGAGGCCAGGAAGCACAAACUGGGGCCCCUGCACCCGGCUUACAACCUGCUGCAGAUAGUAAAGGACUCUCUGGCGGCGAGCCUUCCAGAAGAUGCCCAUGUUCGAGCCUCUGGGAAGCUCUGUGUGUCCCUGACCAGAGUGUCUGAUCGGAAAAACAUACUAGUGUCAGAGUUUGCGACCAGAGAGGAGCUCAUUCAGGCCCUCGUAUGCAGCUGCUUCGUCCCUUUCUACUGUGGUGUUAUUCCACCCACUUACCGCGGAGUGCAUUACGUGGAUGGUGCCGUCAGCGACAACCUGCCGCGAUGCCACCUGAAAAACACCAUCACCUUUUCUGCGUACGCCGGUGAGAGUGAUCUGUGCCCUCGAGCGAGCUCGCUCAGCUUCCACGAGGUGCGCUUCAACAACGUGAGCAUCCAGGUCAGCUCUGAGAACAUGCACAGGGUGACCAGCACUUUCUUCCCCCCGGAGCCUGAGGCCAUGGCUGAAAUCUGCCAGAAUGGCUACAUAGAUGCUCUCCGCUUCCUGCAAGAGAACAAUCUGAUCAGCAGUGAGUCUCCCCUGAGAAGUUUGGAGACGGAUGCGCUCAAAUCAGCUUGUUGUGAUCUGGUGACGGAGCUGCCUGAAGCUGCAGAUUCUGAUGAGAACACACAUCAGAAUGGACAGAAACCACCUCAAGAAGGGCACUGGUGGCUGGAUCCACGGCUCGUAGAACAGCUCCCGGUCAACAUCAGGAAGGCAUUUUGUGAGGCCUGUCGAGAGACACAUACUGCUAGAGGUCUGUUGUCCCACGUGACGGGGUACCUGCCCAAGAAAGUGACGUCUUACCUGCAGAUGCCACGUAUUCUGCCCGUAGAGUCGGCUCACUCUCUAGCCCAGAGACUUGUGGGCUGGAUCCCAGAUGUACCACGGGACAUGAGCUGGCUCUACGGCGUGGCUGGAGACAUAUACAAACAAGCUUGGAAGGGCAAGGCGGAGGUCUGCGACAGCCUGCCAUCAGACCUGAACCUGAUUAAUCAGGGAAAAGAAGACCUGAACGGUCUCCCACUGACCCCAGAAGCUACUCCCACCUCCAGUUUUACCUUCACCUGGAACACACAUCGCGAGUCGCACCACGUGUCUCUGACUCCUCCCCCUACACCCACCUUCAGCCCCACCUCUGGGUUUGACGAAGCCGCCACAGAGUCACCUAAGAGUGCGGGUGGAGGCUGGGGUCUGGGCAGAGCUGUGGGCUGGAUCCGAAAUAUUGCAUCCGAGCAAAUUUCAAACCGCAAGAAAACAGGUGAUUCUGCGUCGUUUCUUGCAUUCAAGUAA